AUCCCACAACUCUCCGAAACCCCAACGAAAAAAGAAAGAUCACACCGAUGGCGCCGGUGCCAAAGAACACCAAAUCCCAUUUCACCCAUCCCAACCACCCAUUGCUCCACCACUCCGACGGCCAAGAUUACUGCUGCGACGCCUGCAAGACCUCCGGUUCCGGUAGCCGGUUCCGAUGCCACGCCUGCGAUUUCAACCUUCACGAAUACUGCGCCGACUGCCCCCAAAAACUGCCCUCAUUCCUCCACCGCCACCCGCUCGCCCUUGUAGUCCGUAAGGCCCAAGGCGCGCGCCAAAAUGACCGGAUCUGCGACGUCUGCCGUGGCCACGUGGAGGGGCUGUUCUACCGGUGCAAGGACUGUGACUUCGACGUGCACCCACUUUGCACCCAAUUGCCUAACCAACUCCGCCACGUCAUCGACCCCAACCAUUCGUUGAACCUCCACAAGCCGUCGUCUGCGAGCUGCGCCGUUUGUAAAAUUGACUGUUCCUCUCUUUGGGUCUAUGGGUGCGAUGUUUGUAGACUCAAUAUCCAUCUCGAUUGCCUUUUGCAGCCCUACGGCUCGCCGUCGGAUCCGUCGCCGGCUGCUCCACCGGCGAGUCGGUGUGCCUCACGUGGGAUACCGUUUGCACCGCCGCCGCAGUGGGCAACCGGGCCACCUCCGUUUUCUUAUGGGCAUUUUGGUAAUUUUGGGUAUGGGUACGCCGCCCCUUACGGCGUUCCGGAUUACCCAUUUGGAUUUCCUCAUUAUUACCAUGGAUCUAUGUAUGGUAAUGCGAAUAUUCAUCAGGGAAGUCAAGGUGGAAAUGUAGUGGGGCCACCGCCGCCGCCGCCGUCGGCUAGUAGUGGGGGUAAGCUUGGAAAGUCAAUGUUUGCUUUGGUCGGAAAAUUGACUGUCGGUGUGAUGUCUAGCUUUGUUUUUGGGAGCCCUUUUGGGGUUUUCUAGUUAUGAUGUUUCGCAAUCGCAAAUUGAUUACUGUAGGGGAAGAUCUUUGUCAUUUCGUUUGCUUUGUUUUCUGGUUCUGUUACGACGCAUAUCUUAAAAUUAAAUGAAAGCUAUGCGUCGUCCAUGAAUAAAAAAGUUGAUUAAUUAGAUAAGGGUAAAAUAGGUUAAGUUUCUAGUUGGUCCAAAGUCUAGAAAAUUGAAAGUUUGACUUCAGACUUUUAUAAAAUGGUUCGAAAAGCUCUCUCUAGUUAAAAUCACUACUAAAAUAUUUGCAUCAACGUUGAGUUGGUCAAUUUUAAG